AUAAAUAUUAUGAAUAGUAUAAAAAGGACGCGUAGUAAUUCUUGCCCAGGCAGCAAAAAAGUUAAAGAAUUCAUUGGUCUUGGUGCUGAUUUGUUACACCCUGAAUUACCAACCCUCAGAAAUGUUUUACAACUAAUGUUGUUAGAAAUGGAGUCCUUAGACACUAACCUUCAGUAUGUUUCAAAAGAGAUUGUUCACGAAGCUGCCAAAAAAUCAUCUUGUAAAAUUGUUGCACAGUAUAAAAAAGUAAAUAUCAAUAUUCAAAUUCAACCUAAUCACUAUAUAGUUCAGAGAAUUGAAAAAGAGUGGGAAAAAGUUACUCAAACUGUUUGGGGAAGAGUGAAAAGUUCUCAAAAGAAUAAGUUAUAUAAUGAAAUUGAUGUAUUGUUUGAUAUUCUUCGUUGCAAGCACAUUAUUAUAUGCAAGGAAGAUCCAACUUGUUCUGACCCUAAAUGUUCUCAUUCUGCUGUUUCUCCAACCUGUAAUUGUCCAUCCAAUUUAAAAAUUCCUAAAAUAGAGCUGAAGUUUAUCAAAGCUCAGAGAUUGAAAAUUAGAAUGAAAAGUGUUUACCAAAUACAUUGUAUAGAUAAAAAAGAACACACUCGACUAUCUAAGCAAUGCAAAAGAAAAGAAAAAGCUUUAAUCUUUAAAAAAUUAGAGGAGAAGAAAGUAGAGUUAAAUAAUAACAAGUUUUUUAAUGAAGAAAUAGAGGUAGAUGUCAUUGAGAAAGAGAACGUAUCUUCUAACCAGUUUAUUGACACUGAAUUUGAUGAUGGAAUAAAGGAAUCUGUCAUCAAUACAAAUCACUUCUUGCUCAAACAGUUUUAAGAUACGGAACAAGUAACAGAGAAGCUAAUGCUAUUUCUUCUGCAGUUCUUGUAGAUCUUGGCAUUGUUAAUAAAACAAAUGAUAAAUUGAUUAUUGACCACCAUAAAAUUCACAGGGAAACGAAAAAAGUAAUGGAAAAAGUCCAGAAAGAAGAUUUACAGUUGUAUCAGUCAGAAGAAAUAAAAGCAUUAUUUUUUGACAGUAGAAAGAAUUUAACUCUUAUUAAUAAUCAAGAUAAAACAAUAAUAAAAUAUUAUUCUAAAACAAUAAAAAUGGACUUCUACACUGUCACUAGUGAACCAGGUGGAAAAUAUGUAUUCCAUUUCUCUCCUCUUAAGCCUGGCAUGGGCAAAAAACCUGCAUUAAUGAUAGCUAAACCUAUAGCAGAUUGGUGUAGAAAAUUUGAUAUAAACUUACAGUAUAUUGGAGCUGACUCUACAGCUACUAACACUGGAAGAUUAGGUGGGGCUCUAAGAAGAAUAGAGGAUCUAUUCUUCUUAGAGCCCCACCUAAUCUUCCAGUCUGUAUGCUGCAUACUAAUGAGCUUCCACUUAGGCAUCUUAUUGAGGAACUAGAUGGUAAAACAACUUCCAGUAAUGGGUUCAGCGGAGUUGUGGGUAAAUUAUUAAAUUGUGCUACACUACUUCCAGUAGCACAGGCAUUUCCAACAAUAACCAUUGGUAAAAAACCAGUUGAAUUAAGUAAAGAUGUGAUUGAUGAUCUUUCAACUGAUCAGCUCUAUGGUUAUAAAAUGGUUUUAGCUAUACGUUCAGGUAACAUACCUAUAGAUCUUAUAAAGAUGGAGUGUGGUCCUGUUAAUCACAGCAGAUGGUUGACAACUGCAAAUAGACUGAUGUGAAUUUGGGUAUCAGUUCAUGGUCUGUCUGGGCAAAACUUAAACUAUUUAAGUUGUUUAGUUGAAUAUGUUGUUGGUGUUUACUAUCCAAUGUGGUUUGAUAUAAAAGUAAGAUGGUCUUUUAUUGAGGGUCCAAGACAUGUGCUAGAAACCUUGAGAUUAGUAAAAAUGCAAAGCCAAGUUACUAGGGAUAUUGUUGAAAAAUAUAUCAUAUUAGGAGCCUGGUUUUCUCACAGUGAAGCUGUUCUAACCACUUUGCUUUGUAGCUCUAUAGUGGAAGAACGGAUUUUUGCAGUAUUUCGUAUUCUGCAGAUUAGAAGAGGUUUUGACAAAGGAGAAACAUCUGUCCGAGAAAGGACUCAUUCUUCUUUUUUAAACAUAGAUGCUAAGAAUCUUACUGAGUUAUGUUCUUGGACUCAUAAUGUAUUUGAGCCGAUUCAAACAUUUAGUUUUUCUACUGAGACAAUAGUUGAUUUUAAGGUGAAUCCCAUGGUUGUUGAUUCCAUACCAUGCCACACACAGAGUAUUGAGCGGGCUGUUAAACAAACAACAAGAGCUUGUGCUGCUGUCUACGGACACGAUUCAAGAGAUGGUUUUAUUCAAGCAGGCUGCCAUCACCGUAAACUUUUACCUAAAAAUAAUACCAAAAAGAACCUAAAACAGAUGAUUAUAUAAUUUUUAUAUUUUUAAUAUGAGUGUAUAUAUUCUUUACUUUUUGGAUCUUCACAAA